UCCUUCUUUGGGAGGGUUCUCUCUCGUUUCGGUCAUUUCCCACCAAAGUUGAAGCUCAGCCCUAUAAACAUUCACCCCACCAUCUCCCCAUGGCACAAUUGCCUCCCAAGAUCCCCAACAUGAACCCCCACUGGCCCGAUAACUUCCUCUUCGCCGGCCACCACCACCACCACCAGAAGCCGCUCCACCUCCCGCCCUUCAUGGCCGCCUCCAAAGCCCCUGCCGCCCCGGUGCCGGCCCAGGGCAACAAUAACGGCAAUGGCAAUAACCCGUUGUGGGUGGACGAGUUCCUCGACUUCUCCCAUGCUAAGCGCAGCGCACACCGGAGGUCGGCGAGCGACUCUAUUGCAUUCCUCGACUCUGCCUCGCUGCUAGAGGAUGCAUGCAGGCUCGGUGCCGGCGCCGGGAAUAACCCGGCGAGCGCGGGCCCGGGGUCCAAUGCCGAUAGUGGGUCGGACUUCGACCGGUUUGACGACGAGCAGUUCAUGUCCAUGUUCACGGACGAGAUCUCGCCGCCGCCGGUGAAUAAAAAUAACGAUGGGACUGCGGCGGGCCCCCCCGUACCAGUCUCGUCCUCGAAUCCCUCCACGCCGACAUCUGAUCACAACAGCAUCAACGAGGAGAAGCAGCUGUCGCCGCAGCCGCUCGAUCACCAAUUUCAAACGGAUCAGCAGAUGGCGACGAUGAUGAAGAAUGAGGCGGAGGAAGCGAAUAGCCCUUGCGAAUCGGAUACGACAACGCAGGCUGGGAUCACCGCUGGUGCUCCCAGCACGGCCACUGCAAAUGCUACCGGCUCGAGCGAGAGGAUUUUCGAUCCUAAGCGGGUCAAGAGGAUAUUAGCAAACAGGCAGUCCGCCCAGAGAUCGCGAGUGAGGAAGCUGCAGUACAUAUCGGAGCUCGAACGAAGCGUGACGUCAUUGCAGGCUGAAGUCUCAGUGCUGUCACCACGAGUCGCGUUUCUGGACCACCAACGCCUGCUCUUAAGCAUCGACAACGGCGCUCUUAAACAGAGGAUCGCGGCUCUGGCUCAGGAUAAGAUUUUCAAAGAUGCACAUCAAGAAGCUUUGAAGAGGGAGAUAGAGAGACUGAGGCAAGUGUACUCCCAACAAAACCUCAAGAACAUGGAUAACAACAAUGCCGCCCCUCCGUCAUCUCAGCCACCCAUCUCCGACGUCCCGACUACGAAUACAAUGGAGGAACAGCUAGCUUCUUAAUUAAUACUCUUCGACUAAUUACCCUUUAAAAAAAAUGGAAGGGAAAAUAGAAGAUCGCACACAUACAUAACUCUUAUCUAUCAAGUUCAAUUAUUUCUUGAUGAACUUUUUAGAUGGAAGAAGAAAUAUCGUCACAUUUUUAUUUGUUAUUUAGCUUAUUAUGUUAUGAUCACUGGCUGGAUUGCUGGAA